UCGACGCUCGCUGCCUGGCGCCGCCGCCGCCCGGGCCGCCGCCGCCAUGGCCACGGAGGACGAGAUCAUCCGCAUCGCCAAGAAGAUGGACAAAAUGGUGCAGAAGAAGAACGCGGCUGGAGCUCUUGAUUUAUUGAAGGAGCUUAAGAAUAUUCCCAUGACCCUUGAGUUGUUACAGUCUACCAGAAUUGGAAUGUCGGUGAAUGCAAUACGCAAGCAAAGCACAGAUGAAGAGGUUACAUCUUUAGCAAAGUCUCUUAUCAAGUCUUGGAAGAAACUGUUAGAUGGACCUUCAACUGAUAAAGAGUCUGAAGAAAAGAAAAAGGAGCCUGCAUCUUCCUCUCAAAACAGCCCUGAAGCCAGAGAAGAAAGCAGUUCAAGUAGCAAUUCCAGCAGCAGGAAGGAGGAGGGUAGUGCUCCUUCAAAUUCUUUCAUCCCUUCUUUUCCCCGAGCUCCAAGCACUUCAGACUCUGUACGAGUGAAAUGUAGAGAAAUGCUCUCUGCAGCUCUCAGAACAGGAGAUGAUUAUAUUGCUAUUGGUGCUGAUGAAGAAGAGCUGGGUUCUCAGAUUGAAGAAGCUAUUUUUCAAGAAUUAAAAAACACUGAUAUGAAAUACAAAAAUAGAGUACGAAGUAGAAUAGCAAAUCUCAAGGAUGCAAAGAACCCUAAUCUAAGGAAAAAUGUAUUAUGUGGAAACAUUCCUCCUGACAAGUUUGCCAAAAUGACAGCAGAGGAAAUGGCAAGUGAUGAACUGAAAGAAAUGCGCAAAAAUCUGACCAAAGAAGCUAUCAGAGAGCACCAGAUGGCUAAAACAGGGGGUACCCAAACUGAUCUGUUUACAUGUGGCAAGUGCAAAAAGAAGAACUGUACAUACACCCAGGUUCAAACCCGCAGUGCUGAUGAACCCAUGACAACGUUUGUUGUCUGUAAUGAAUGUGGAAACAGAUGGAAGUUCUGUUAGAAGAAGAAAUUGUCAAGACAUCUGGACCAGUAUGAAAGAGGAUUUUGUAAUUAGCUUUAAAAACUAGGCUAAGCUUUUAGCUUCCUGCAAAUGAGAGGGGUUUUUGGUUUUCUUUCUUUUUUUUUUUUCUUUAAAGCAACAUACAUGCCUGAAAUUAGCCUUUGUUUUGACACAACCAUCAUUUCCUUAAAUGCCUUCCUAUAGCUGAUAGUCAGUAGGGCCAGGUUGCUCAAUUGUAUGGUGAAUUUUAAAAUAUUUUUUCAUUUUUAUAAGUAAGUUGACAUUAAACUUUUACCAAUUAAAUAUUUUGGUAAUUGUCUUGGGUUUUUUUCUAACUAUGUGAAUAAUGUUCUGUAUUUUUGUGUUCUGAAAUAUACACGCUCCUCCCAUGUGUAUUUUUACCUUUCCACAUUUGUUCAGUUAUAAGAAUGGAAUUUCUUUCUUGCUGCUGUGUUCACUAGCUUUGCAAAGAGAAAAGAUAUAUCAGUUCCUCAUUACAUAAACUCCGUUGUUAGCUAAAUCACA